UGCAAUGGAGUUCAAAAUAAAUGGAACUCCCUAUACUGUGAAUCUUACAACCCUGGCUCCGGACACAACAUUGAACACAUUUAUCAGAGAUCAUGCCCAAUUGACGGCCACCAAAUUUAUGUGCCUCGAGGGUGGUUGUGGCGCCUGUGUGGUCUCAAUCAAAAGCAAAAAUCCUGCUACAGGAGAAAUUAAAAUAUGGUCCGCCAAUUCGUGCCUUGUAUUGCUGAAUACCUGCGGAUCUUGGGAGAUCACCACUUGCGAGGGUAUUGGAAAUCAACUCGAUGGCUAUCAUCCCAUACAAAAACGCAUGGCCAAGCUAAAUGCCACUCAAUGUGGAUACUGUACUCCGGGUUUUGUAAUGAACAUGUACAGCUUGUUGGAGUCCAAAGGAGGCCAAGUCAACAUGGAAGAAAUUGAGAAUGCCUUCAGUGGCAACAUAUGUCGCUGCACUGGUUAUCGACCCAUUUUGGAUGCUAUGAAAUCAUUUGCCUCAGAUAAUUUUGUUAUGCUGCCCGCCGAAGAAUGCCAAGAUAUUGAAGAUCUGGUUGGCAAAAAAUGUCCCAAAAGUGAUUCGGGGGCCUUGUGUUCGGGUCAGUGUCAUAAACCUAUGAAAAUGUUACGCUAUGCCGAAGGAAUUUUAUGGUUUUGGCCUCAAGAUCUCAAGGAGCUCUUGCUGAUUCUCAGCCAAAUACCAGCAGAUGAGGAAUAUAUGUUGGUGGGAGGCAACACUGCCCAUGGAAUUUAUCGUCGUUCCGAAAAUAUUAAACAUUUUAUAGACAUUCAUGGUGUGGCCCAGUUGAAGGAAUUCAAAUUGUCCAAAGACAAAUUAACAUUGGGUGCCAGUUUGACACUUUCAGAAACGAUGGAUAUCUUCAAUAAAGUAUCUGAUGAGAAGGGAUUCCAGUAUUGCCAAGAGCUAUGGCAACAUUUUCAACUGAUUGCCAAUGUGCCAGUGAGAAAUAAUGGCACACUGGCCGGUAAUAUUUCAAUUAAAAAAACCCAUAGAGAAUUUCGAUCGGAUGUUUUCUUACUGCUGGAGACUCUUAAUGCCAAAGUCAUAGCCUGUUGUGCGCCCGAUGGAAACCCCAUAACAUUUUCAAUGGCCGAAUUUAUGACGGACACCACACCGAAAACCAUAAUUCUUGCUUUUGAAUUGCCGGCCUAUUCCAAGGACAACUUUAUAUUCAAAUCAUACAAGAUUAUGUCCAGAGCCCAAAAUAGUGCUGCCUAUGUUAAUGCUGGAUUUUUACUGGAAUUGCAGUCGCUUGCCACAGGCAUUGUAAAAAAUUCUCGCAUUUGUUUUGGAGGCAUUAGACCGGAUUUUGUUCAUGCUACAGCUGUUGAGCAGUUGUUGCAGGGCCAGUGUUUCUAUGAUAAAGGUGUGGUACAAAAUGUCUUUUCUACACUCUCCACCAUUUUGCAGCCUGAUGCCUCAUUGCCCAAUGCUUCACCUGAAUAUCGCAUGAAGUUGGCCUCGGGGCUGCUGUUCAAAUUUCUAUUGGUUCACAGUCCACAAGAUAGAGUGCGUCGCGAUUAUAUAACUGGGGGGCCUCUGCUAAAGCGAGAACUCUCCUCCGGUCUUCAGACAUUUGACACCCAGCCAAGUAAUUAUCCAGUUACUCAGCCAAUACAGAAGUUAGAAGCUUUGAUUCAAUGCGCCGGUGAGGCCAAAUAUAUGAACGACUUAAUAACCUCCCAGAAUACGGUGCAUUGUGCUUUCGUGGGGGCCACCAUGGUGGGACGUAUGAUUGAAAGCAUUGAUGCCUCGCAAGCCUUGCAGAUGCCCGGGGUUGUGGCAUUCUUUUCAGCCAAGGAUAUUCCUGGCAUUAAUUCCAUCGUGGACACCGAACAACAAUACGAACUUGAGGAGCUAUUUACCGCAGGUUUGGUGCGCUAUCACAGCCAGCCUCUGGGUAUGAUUGUGGCCCAGAGUAGAGAUAUAGCCGAAAGGGCCACCAAAAAAGUCAAGGUUUUCUACUCGCGAGGUGACUCAGCCCCCAGCAUUAUGCCCACUUUGGGCGAUGUCUUGGAAAAUAAUCGCUUGGAUCGCAUUAAAACCAUGUUAAAAUCCAAUGUCCAGCAAGCAAAGUUGUCUGCCCCGGCACAUUAUGAAGUACAUGGUAUUUUCGAAAUAGGUCUUCAGUAUCACUUCACCAUGGAACCACAAACCUGCAUUGUGAUACCAGGCGAAGAACGUCUAGAGGUGUACUCCUCCACGCAAUGGCCCGAUCAUACCCAAGCUGCAAUUGCGAAGAUGCUGCAGCUCAAGGCUGCCCAAAUCCAGCUGAAGAUUCGACGCCUUGGAGGUGCCUAUGGCGCCAAACUUACCCGCUGUAAUUUCGUGGCCUGUGCUGCUGCACUGGCUGCCCAGAAACUUAAUCGUCCUGUUCGAUUUGUGCAAUCUCUGGAGUCUAUGAUGGAUACUCUGGGUAAACGUUGGGCUUACCGCUCCGAUUACAAGGUUCAUGUUGAGGCAAAUGGUAAAUUUGUGGCAAUGCAACACAAUUUUUAUGGAGAUGCCGGUUGGAAUCCCAACGAAAACUUUGCACCACUUUUUACAGUCGCUUUAUUUAGAAGCUGUUAUAAUUUUACCGAACAAAAUCAUCAACUGGUGGGAAAUGUUGUAUUGACAGAUGCCCCAAGCUCUACAUAUAUGCGAGCUCCUGGUUCUUUGGAAGGUACUGCUAUGAUUGAAAAUAUAAUGGAGCACCUAGCCUUUGAGGGCAAUCUGGAUCCUGCAGAGGCUCGCAUGGUAAAUAUCAAAGAAGGCAAUAGAAUGAGAGAAUUGCUGCCCCAAUUCCUAAAAUCCAGCGAAUAUAAGAACCGACGUUGGGAAAUCGAUCAGUUUAAUGCCCAGAAUCGUUGGCUUAAGAAAGGCCUGGGUCUGGCAAUUAUAGAUUUUCCCUAUCAAUAUGAUCCCAAUUUUGGUACUUUUCCAGCAACCGUCACCAUAUAUCAUGUUGAUGGUUCUGUGGUUAUUACUCAUGGGGGCAUUGAAAUGGGUCAAGGCGUUAAUACCAAAGCUGCCCAGGUGGCUGCUCUUGUUUUGGGUAUUUCUUUGGAUUUUGUGAAAAUUGAAAGCGCCGAUACUAUUAAUGGUGCCAACGCCCUUUCGAGCAGCAAUUCCAUGACCAGCGAAUGUGUUGGCUAUGCCAUUCGCAAGUGUUGCAAUACCCUUAAUGAACGUCUGAAACCAAUUCGUGAUUCCCUGGGCAAAAAUGCCACUUGGAUGCAGGUAGUGCAAGCUGCUUGGCAAAAGUCCACAAAUCUCAUUGCCAGUGAGCAAUACAAAUUUGGAGAUAUGCAACAGUACAACAUCUACUCCAUAUCUUUGACCGAAGUGGAGGUGGAUAUCUUAACGGGAAACCAUUUGAUUAAGCGUGUCGAUAUUCUUCAAGAUGUGGGUGAAAGUUUGAGUCCCAAUAUUGAUAUUGGCCAAAUUGAGGGAGCAUUUGUUACGGGCCUUGGUUACUGGUUGACAGAGCAGUUAAUCUAUGAUCGUCAAACUGGCCAACUGUUGACCAAUAACACCUGGACCUAUAAAACACCCGGAGCCAAGGAUAUACCCAUUGAUUUUCGCAUUGAAAUGUUACGUGGCCCAGCAAAUACCACAGGUUUUAUGAGCUCGAAGGCUUGUGGAGAGCCUCCUACGUGUUUGGCUGUAAGUGUUUUAUUUGCUUUGCAGCAUGCCAUACAAUCGGCCCGCAAAGAUGCUGGCUUGGAGAGAAAAUGGGUUCGUCUUGGAGCACCCACAACACCGGAGACUAUUGUCCUGAAUGCGGGCAACGAUGUUGCAUCCUUUGCCUUAGAGUAAACUUAAGCCAUAAGAAAAAAAUCCUUUAAAUCAAAAAGAAAAAAAUUCUAAAUAUUGUAUUUAUAUCAAAUUUUUUAACAUUUGUCCAUUGAUUUUUGUCUUUUUUUGCUUUAAAUAAAUAAACGAAUUUAUUCCUGUUAUAGGUUAGAG